AUGGUCUACUUCCGGCUGGGAGCCGCGCCUGCGUUGGACGACCACGAGGAUCACGAGGACGCCGGCCGCGAGACGUGCCAAGAGGUGUUCUUCGACCUUCCUGGCCUGCAUAAGGUUCUGGGCGAGAGAACCCUUUGGUCGGACUUUCUGUCCCAAGAUGCGGGGCCAAAAAAGUGGGGCGAGCCGCGAGUCGUCUUGAGUCGGGCGAUGUCGGAAAACCAGCGGCCUGCGGGUGCGGUGCUCCAUAGCGCAAGCAGCAGAGUUUCGUUAGUGGAACCCUCCGAGCCCGGAGAGUCCCUGUCCUUCGCCUCGGUCUCGCGCAGCAUGAUCAUUGGUAAAUCUUUGACAUCGGCUGCUAGCCGUUUGGACCCCGAGUCCCGAGAGCCAUCCUUCAUGACCAGAAACGGCUCCAUGCUGAUGACCAGUGCUGCCACCACUGGUGGUAGCCGAUCUGCCAGAAGGGCUUCGCUGGCAGUCGGAAAGGAUGGGCAGCCGGAAGAUUCGCGCACACAGAUGGAGCGGAUUGCCAAGCUUCGUAUGGAGCAGACAGACCAUGAACAACAGCUCAAGGAUGAGGAGGACAGGCGGAAUCAAGCGAAGAUGGCAGAAAUCCUAGCGAAAGCGUGGGGCGUGGCGGGCAAACGCAUGUCUGGUCUUGUCUCCAAGGUGGAAAAGAACGACGACAAGGACAAGGACAAGAAGAAGUUGCAAGGUCGCUUGGGCAACAAGGAGGCUGAGCGAGAAGCGCAAGAAGAAAAGAAGGCCAAGCUGGAAACCAUGACUUUGGAGAAGAAGCGGCAGAUCGACCAAGCUGCAGCAGUCCUCGGAUGUCCAGUGGACCUUCGCAACUACAUUUUCAAGCAGAUUGAGAAAGAGAUUAAGCAAAAUGCCAACGCGGCGAAGGAGCAAGAUGAGGAUGAUGUCUUGGAGGAUCUGGUAGCGCCUGACCUAAACGCUUCCCUCUUCAAGGAUGCUGCCUCCCCGGGGACGGAAGAAGUCUCGGCGGUUUUCGAGGAGGUUCGACUGUUGGCCGAGUCCAUUGAGAAGCUGCUGGAGCCACGCUGGAAAGAUUUGCACGGGGGCAGCUACUCCGCCCGCACACCACGCAAGACGCCGGGCGGCGGCGCCAGCGGCACCCUGCCGGCCAUUCGGGGCGCUUGA